AUGCCUCACGCACAUACGUCCAGGUCUCACGCACAUACGUCCAGGUCCUCACGCACAGACGUCCAAGCCGAACACACCCUCGCGCACAGACAGUCCUCGCGCACAGACAGCCCUCGCGCACAGACAGCCCUCGCGCACAGACAGCCCUCGCGCACAGACAGUCCUCGAGCACAGACAGUCCUCGAGCACAGACAGCCCUCACGCACAAACGGCCCUCACGCACGGACAGCCCUCACGCACGGACAGCCCUCACGCACAGACAGCCCUCGCGCACGGACAGCCCUCGCGCACAGACAGUCCUCGCGCACAGACAGUCCUUGCGCACGGACAGCCCUCACUCACAGACAGCCCUCACGCACAGACAGCCCUCGCGCACAGACAGUCCUCGCGCACAUACAACCCUCACGCACGGACAGCCCUCGCGCACAGACAGUCCUCGCGAACAGACGUCCAGGCCCUCGCGCACAGACAGUCCUCGCGCACGGAUCCUCUCCUCGCGGCGGGGGGCGGUCCUUACGCGCGGAUAGCAGCAGAUCCGCAGAGUCUUCACGCACACGCUUCCUUCAGUCUGAGCUGCACGCGCCUCUUCAGGAACGCUCUGAGUCUGUUUUGUUGUUUCGGUCCUGGAUUUCCUGCGUGCGCGUGGCUCCGGAUGGUCCUUGGACUUUAAGCUCUCUGCGGCUCUCCGCGCCUCUGUGUGGCUCUCCUCAGCUCUCUGCGGCUCUCCGUGGCUCUCCGCGCCUCUCGGUGGUUUCCGUGGCUCUCCGUGGCUCUCGGUGGUCUCCGCGGCUCUCGGCUCUCAGUGGUCUCCGCGGCUCUCGGCUCUCUGUGGUCUCCGCGGCUCUCGGUGGUCCAGUCUCUGAGUUGCACGCGCGUCCUUCGGCUCUUGGAGGAAUGAACCUGGACCGAGCCUCCUCCACCGGGGCCCCGGGGUCCACGCAGCCCGCGGCGCCACCUCAGGCCCCGCUGCAGCUCCCUCACCCUCGGGACAUGGGACACUUUCAUCCGGGCAGAGGUUCCAGCAGCCGCCGAGGAUCCAGCAGCGAGUCCUCGGAGGCCGAGGUUCAAGAGAAACCGGUGGAGCUCCGAGUUGAAGACUGUGAGGAUCCAAAGAAGAAGAAGCAGCGCAGACAGAGGACUCACUUCACGUCGCAGCAGCUGCAGGAGCUCGAGGCCACGUUCCAGAGAAACAGAUACCCAGACAUGUCCACCAGGGAAGAGAUCGCUGUGUGGACCAACCUGACCGAGGCCAGGGUCCGGGUGUGGUUUAAGAACCGGCGGGCCAAGUGGAGGAAGCGUGAGCGGAACCAGCAGAUGGACCUGUGUAAGAACUCGUACCUGCCUCAGUUCUCGGGGCUGGUGCAGCCGUACGACGACAUGUACCCCACCUACAGCUACAACAACUGGACCAAUAAGACGCUGGCGCCGGCGCCGCUCUCCUCCAAGAACUUCCCGUUCUUCAACAGCAUGAACCCGCUGACCUCUCAGUCCAUGUUCCCCUCUGCUCCUAACUCCAUCACCAUGACGAUGGCGUCCGGGAUGGGCCACUCGGCCGCCAUGGCAGCGCCGGGACUCAACAACAUGAACCUGAACGGCAUCGGCGCCUCCGGCAUUAACUCGGCCAUGACGUCGUCGGCGUGUCCUUACGGGCCGCCGGCCUCGCCGUACAGCGUCUACAGAGACACGUGCGGCUCCAGCCUGGCCUCGCUGCGCCUCAAGUCCAAGCCGCACCCGCCCUUCGCCUACAGCGGCUUGUCGAGCGCCAGCUCUAGUCUGAGCUCCAGCCUGAACGCCUGUCAGUACAACAGCUGA